UUGGGACUUUUAUGUGAGCGGAAGCCGGAAGUUCACGGCGGCGGUGUUCGGGAUGACGGCAAACAGACUGAAACGGGUUUUUGAACGCGGACGGAACAUCAUGAGCUCGUAUGUGAUGCUGUUUCUGCUGCUGCUCGACAUUUACUCCUCAUGUGCGAUCGCGUAUCUGAGCUCUCCUCACGUGGGUCAGGAGACGCCGUACACGGCCCAGCAGAGCCCGGUGAUGACCAGUCCGGUGGCUCUGACCUCGUCCUCUGCUGCUCCAGCGGUCACCGAUGAUGACCUGUCCGUGUGUCCCAGCGGCGGUCAGUGCUCCAGACUCCCGGCCGACUGCAUCAUCUGCUCGUUUCAUCACAACUGUAGCUACGGCCGGCCGGCUAACUUCACCUGCAGAGCCAAAGCAGGCGUCCACUGUGUGAGCGAUCAGGGUCGGCCGCAGCAGAACUUCUCGCUCACGCUGGACUGUCGCUUCUGUUGGCAGCUGGAUCCGUCUCAGUACAGCUGCACCAACACCGACAACUGCAUGACGGUGUCGUGUCCACGCAGACGCUAUAACGCCAGCUGUAAAGCUCUGGAUCACGUGCACUGCCUGGGGAAGCGAGAGUUUCAGAAGCGUCUGUUCUGUAACUGGACGGGAGGAUAUAAGUGGUCCACGGCUCUGGCCCUCAGCGUGACUCUGGGGGGCUUCGGAGCGGACCGCUUCUAUCUGGGCCAGUGGAGGGAAGGUCUGGGGAAGCUCUUCAGUUUCGGCGGUCUGGGGAUCUGGACGCUGAUCGACGUGCUGCUGAUCGCGGUGGGAUACGUGGGGCCAGCCGACGGCUCGCUGUACAUCUGAGGGAUCGAAUGUGACUCUGACUCUGACUCCUCCAUCCCAGAUUUCCAUCCCGAUUCGCACGUGUUGUGUCCAAACUCCCACUGCGACAGAUUCCCAUCUGCUCUUCAGCAGCACGUCUGACAGACUCCAUCAGAGGAAGACCGCAGCGCUAGAGGCGAUGCACAGCAUGCAUCUAAACUCAUCUGUGUCAGUCUUAUUUUACUGCUAUGUGUAUAUAUAUGUGUUUAUAUAUUAUGAGUGUUGAUUUCUGAUUAAACCAGCGUCAGGUUGAUGACGGUGCUCACCUGAGUUUGUCUUUAUCUGUCAGAUUCAGCAAGACGAAACACUGCGGGGGAACAUUUGAAGACGGGUUCAAAAUUCCUGUUUGCAUUUGUUGAUAUAAUAAAGGUUUAAUCAGAGGGAUUUAUUGUGGAACUUUCGUGGCCGUGAAAAAAAAAAAAAAAAAAAAAAAAUUUCUCAUAAUUCUCACAAAGAUGUAUCUGUUUAUAGGUUUUUUUCUAUGGAAGCUUGUUUUCUGCCAAGGGAUGAAAAUAAAGGUAUUUGCAACUUUUUAUCUCACAACUUGCAAUUCUGACAAACAAAUAAAAUACAGUAAAAAAAAAAAAAAAUUAUGAGAAAGAAAUUGAAACAAAGUUGCAGUUUUCUUUGUUAUUAUUCAUUCUGUGACAGAAACAAAAUUGCAAGAAAAAAGACAGAAUUUAUUUUCUCAAUUGCAAGUUUAUGUUUAACAAUUCUAUUUUCUCAGAAUUCUGAGUUUACAUGUUGCAAUUUUGUGUUUAUAUUAUUAUUAUAUUUUUUUUGAGAAUUGCGAGAGAAAAGGCAGAUUAGUGAGAAAAUGUUGCGAAUAGCUUUAUUUUUAUUCUGUGGCAGAAAACAAGCUUCCAUGAAAAAUACAGUAAACUUUCAGAACAGAACAAGAGGAAUAAAACUGAAGGUGUGUGUGUAAAAGAAAAAACUCUCACAGCUAUGAAUUGGAAUUGAAUCUACAGAUAAAGUGCAAUAAAAAUGUAUAUUUGGAUGGUUA